GUUGCCUUUCCAACACUUCAUGAUGAAGUUUCUUUUAAAGUUACUUUUAACAAUUGCAUUUGUUCAUUGUUCGAAUGCUGUCUUGGGCAUUCAUGUGAAUGGUUUCGAGAAGAAUGGAAAGUAUCGUUUGAAUCGAGAACCACCACUAGAUGAUAGGAAGAUAAAGCUUGCUGAUGAUGAGCUUGUUGAGAUUAAAUGGAUUGAACAAAAAUUAAAUAACUUUGACCCACAAGAUCAUAGGACAUGGCAAAUGCGAUAUAUGGAGAACAGAAACUUUUCCGAACCCGGUGGUCCAAUUUGCAUUUACAUUGGUGGAGAAUGGACGAUUUCAAUGAGAUGGUUGUUAACAGGUCAUAUGCAUGAUAUGUGCCGUGAUUUAAAGGGAAUAAUGUAUUACACGGAACAUCGUUAUUAUGGCAGUAGUUGGCCAACUGAAGACUUAUCUAUGGAGAACUUAAGAUAUUUAAGUAUCGACCAAGCUUUGGCAGAUCUUGCACAUUUCAUAAUUCAUGUUAAAGAAACCAAUCCAGAACUAGCAGAUUCAGGAGUUUUUCUUGUUGGGGCAUCAUACAGUGCAACAAUGGCUACCUGGUUUAUGCAAAAAUAUCCUCAUUUAGUGGUUGGUGCUUGGUCAUCUAGCGCACCUCUCUUAGCUAAAGUUGACUUCAUUGAAUAUAAAGAAGUAGUUUCAGAAGCUUUUGAAAUCGUUGGAGGGACAAAUUGCAGUAGUCGAAUAAAGAGAGCUUUUGAGCAGCUUGAAAGACUUGUUGAAGAGAAGAACACAGACAGAAUUGAAGAGAUUUUUAGUUUCUGUUAUCCAUUAGACUUGUCGAAAGAAAUUGACGUUUGGUCAUUUUUCUCUGAUGUUGCUGGUCCCUUUUCUGGGGUUGUUCAAUAUUACCGUGAGGAGUCUCGAGAUAUUGAAAUCCAAUGUGAAGUUCUUAUGGAAAACGACAUCGAAGAUGAUCUCGAAGCAUUAGCGUUUUGGUUCUGGGGUGGAGUUCCUUCAGGCGGACAAUGUUAUAAUCAUCGAUAUGAAGCAUUUAUCAAUUAUUACAGUGGAACGGAAUGGACUGACAGAGCGGCAUUAGUUUCAAUCAGGCAAUGGUAUUAUCAAACGUGUUCUGAAUAUGGCUGGGAUCAAAGUUCGGGCUCUGAAAAUAUUCUUUUCGGCUCGACCUUUCCCGUCGAAUUAUCACUUCAAAUAUGUCAAGAUCUUUACAGUAGCUUUUUCACACCAGAAAUAAUUCAUGCUAACGUUGAUCGAACGAAUAUUAUUUAUGGUGCAUUAAACCCGAGUGUUCGCAACGUUUAUUCGACUCACGGUGAAUUUGACCCUUGGAGGCCUAUGGGAGUGCAAGAAGACAUUAACGAAUAUUCACCAACAGUUAUUCUUCCUCGUCAAUCCCAUUGUUCAGAUCUAUACUCUGUUAGUGAAUUAGAUACACCGGAACUUUUAGAAAGUAAGCAAAGAAUUUUCAGUCUACUUCGUCAAUGGCUGGGUAUGGGAGAAACUGAGCCAAUACCAACAGAUUAGAUUAAUAGCUAUGAAAGUUGAUAGAAAAUGAAAAAUUCAAUAAUGGAUUUUCAUGCACCGCAAUCUAACUGACAGCUAUGUUUCUGCUUUAAUUAAUCGCGGUAAUGAACUUGAUCAAUGACUUAUCCUCUUAACCCACUCAAUCAAUCAAUAUAAUCAAUCUUUAAAACUUUAUUCAAAUGAGAAUGGAAUCCCUAUUUUCAUCAAUAUUCAACUAUCUAACUAAUAAAAUUGAAAUGGAAACUUUAUAUUCAA